GAAGAUAAAAGUUCAUAAAUUAUUUUUAAUUUAUUAAACUGAUUUUCCAUUGAAUUAUACUUAAAAUCUAAAAACUAAUUUCUGGUGAUUGUAAUUUCCGAAACUUUCAUUGGAAUCAGAUUGGCAGUUGAAAAAUCAAUUUAUCUUUCUUCGAGACUUGAAAAACCUCAAAUUGUUUCAGGAAUUCAAAUAUUUGAGCUCUAUUUAUCAAUUAUAUCAUCAUGAUUUUAUUUAAACGAGUACUAUCUUUUAAAAUUAACGAACAAAAACAGUUCUUCAGAUGUCUUUGUAGCUCAGAUAAUACUUUAGAGACAAUCAAGUCUAAUCAAAUUCAAUGGCCCAAGGAUUACAACAAUGUUCCACUGGAACCCAAUGUUACUAAUUUUUCUACUAUUAGUCCAGCAUUAAAACCUACAUUUAAUCUGGCUGCAUAUGUUAAUGAGUCAUAUUCACUACAACAAUUAGUCAAACUUGGCGUUGAAAUUUAUAAAUUUGACAAUAAUCCUAAUGUAAUGGAAAUGAUAUUGAAAUUAGAUUUUGAACGUGAUAUGAAACCGUAUAUAAGAUUUAUUCAUGAUUGUGGAGUACCAGUUGAAGAAUUGGGAAAAUUUCUCACAAAAAAUCCUAUGAUAUUUUCUGAACAUAUGGAUGAUUUAAUAACCAGAAUAAAUUAUUUAGAAUAUAAAAAAUUCAAUAAAGAAAUGAUAACUACUAUAAUCCGAAAACACCCAAAAUGGUUGUCUCAAAGUACAAUUGACAUUGAUACCAGUCUUGGAUUUUUUCAAACUAACUUCUUUCUUUCUGGUGAUAAUAUCCGUAGUGUAGUUACUAAAUUACCAAAACUGAUUACUUGGCCAAAAAAAUCGGUUAAUUUAAUAAUGUUUUCAUUGAUUGAAGAAAUGGGUUUUAAUAAAAGUGAAAGGAAAAGACUAUUACAAAUCCAUCCCAAAUUAUUUGUAAUGUCUAAAAACCAUUUAUUACAACGAUUCAACUACAUACAUCAUACUAUGGACAUAAAUCACGACCGCAUUGUCUUUGAACCUCAAGUAUUGACCAGUCGUUUAUUUAGAAUCAAACAGAGACACGAGUAUCUGCAAUAUUUAAACCGAGCACAAUAUGACCCAACAAAGCCCAAUUAUGUACCACUUACAAAAUUAGUUUCAGGAGAUGAUUCAGAAUUUUGUAUAAACCUUGCUAAGACUAGUGUUGAAAUGUUUAAUACAUAUCUGAAGACUAGUCAAUAAUGUUACGAUUUAAUUGAUAAUUUGUAUAAUAUUUAUAUUUCAUUAAAAAUAGUGUUUUCAAUUUA